AAUGCGUCUCCAAUCCGAGUUUGCCUUCAACUGAAAUGUAAACAACUGAGGAAAAAGGGAACAAUUUUAGCAUUCUGCCGCAGAAUUUUAGCAUUUAGAUAAAACUGCCGAAGAAACUCAACUUUGCUUCCAGCACACUGUUACCGACUCAAUAUGCAGCGUAAUCUGACCCAAUCGAAGGAAGCUCUGCUGAAAUCCUACAAUUCCCGGCUGAAAGAGGACAUUCGGAGUAUGCGGGAAAAUUUUGAAGAAAUAAUCCGGCUUGCCAAGGGCGAGAAUGACACACAGCUGUCCAAGAUAACGCAGUGCGAGCAGGACACGUACGAAACGCAGGUCCGGGCGGCCAACAUUGUACGGGCCGGCGAGUCGCUAAUGAAGCUGGUGUCCGACAUCAAGCAGUACCUCAUCCUGAACGACUUCCACUCGGUCAAUGAGGCUAUCUGCAGCAACUCCACCCUCUAUCGGACCACACAGAUCGAUCGGGACAACAAGCUGAUGGCCGUGCGGGACGACAUGGCAGCGGAUUUGUACGACCUCGAGGAAGAAUACUACACAAGCAUUUACAAGUGAUCGGGUUAGAUUUUAUUAAUUUCCAUCCAUAGGGUAGGGCAAUAAACGAAUCGGGCGUGCUAAACUAACGCGCCGCUUUCUUU